UUAAGUUUAGAAUCUUCUGCUUUUAUUUACACACAUUUAUGUCUGCCAGACAGGGUCUUCUAAUGAACUAACAGGUUCAAAUGUCUUGACCAUAUAGUACAGUGGGAGAUGUGAAUUAUGAAUUGUUAUUAUAAUAUUUCUGUGCAGUGGUGUAUGAUGAUUAGGAAUUCAUUAUCAGUGUAACAUGUGUGGAAGAGGUGCCUUUACCACCUGGCAAGUGAUGUUCUUAAGGGUUACACCCCUAUCUCCUGGAGAACAGUUUUACUUUGAAAAUAUUUAAGCCACUGGAUUUGAUUUUGGACAUCCAAAGGUGAGAGUGCUUAGUUUAACGAUGGUGCUUGCCAAAUCCUGCAGUUAAUGAAUACACAGCUGAUGGAACAGACAGAUUCAGAAGAGCCAGGAAGUGUUCAAGUGUAUACCUCCCAUCUCAGUAACACUGCGUAAUAGAAUGAUGCCUAAGAACUCUGCGGAGAUACAGUAUGUCUGUUCUCGUGUCACUCUGUACUACAACUGUAGAAUUGAAUUAAAGUGGAAAAGAUCUUUACAUCAUUGUGAAAAAUGUGAUUUAAGAAGUGAUUUUAAGGGAUGGGGGACACAGUGUGGAGCUAUUCACUAUGGUCGGUGUACACCUGUGACUUUUCCGUUUCCUCAGAAUUAUAACAGACGGAAAGGAAACUCCCAGAAUGCCUGGAUACCAGUGGCCAAAGUAUCGCCAACAAGACCUUCUGACUUCUCCCAACAGAACAUUCCACAACAUUUAAAUCUGCCAAAUUCUGCCAAGGAAAGCAAAAAAGAUGCUUUACCGCUCGAUUACAACGAUUCAGCGUCACAACCCAGGGAAAGUCCUAAUGAACCGGACAAGGAAAACACAAACAUAUCAUCCUUUAUCACCGCUAGUCCCACUGUAAAAACCGUACACGGUGCCAAGGAACCAGAAAAAAGCAAGCGGAGGGAAAACAAAAUCCAGCUGUACAACAAUCUGAAUAACGUGAAAAUUCCACAGUUUUAUCAUCCGUACGGUAAACCCGUGACAAACCAAAGGAAAGAUGACGGUCUCCAAAGGGCUGUUCAGGAGAUCGGCAAACUGGAGGACGGGAAAGCAUUUAAACAACACAUGAAAACUAUCACAAAGGCCUGUAAUCUGCCCUUGUACUGGAAGGCGUUACUGUUUCACGCCAGUGGAGGGGACAAAUUGGGUUACAUCACCAAAGAGAGCUUUACUUCCAUGUGGAAAAAAGUUUUUCUCCCAUGCCAUGAUGAGGCCGCCCAGUUUGUGAAACUGGCAGCUAAACAGGACUGUAAUUAUUUAGAGGAGGAUGAUUUCUUCAAUCUUAUUCAGGAUGUUGUGGAUUCACAUCCAGGACUGACCUUCCUUCUGGAUGCUCCAGAGUUCCACUCCAGAUACAUCAAUACAGUGAUAGCGCGAAUCUUCUACAGCAUCAAUCGGUCGUGGUCUGGAAGAAUAACCAUUAGUGAACUCAGGAAAAGUAAUUUCUUACAGACUUUGGCACUGUUAGAACAAGAAGAUGACAUCAAUCAGAUAACAGAUUUCUUUUCGUAUGAACAUUUCUAUGUGAUUUACUGUAAAUUCUGGGAGCUGGACAAGGAUCACGAUCUUUAUAUCAGCAAGGAAGAUUUAGCACGCCAUAAUGAUCAUGCUUUAUCAUUAAAAGUAAUAGACAGAAUAUUUUCUGGGUCUGUGAUCAAGGGCACUAACUUAAAGGAUGGACGAAUGAGCUACCCGGAGUUUGUCUGGUUCCUAAUGUCUGAAGAAGAUAAAAAACAUCCCACAAGCAUUGAGUACUGGUUUCGCUGUAUGGAUUUGGAUGGGGAUGGUGUUAUUUCUAUGUAUGAAAUGGAAUAUUUUUAUGAUGAACAAAUGCAGAAGAUGGAGUCCUUAGGAAUAGAAAAACUUCCAUUUGAAGAUUGCCUGUGCCAGAUGCUGGAUCUUGUGAGACCUAAAGUUUUGGGGAAAAUAACACUGUCAGACCUCAAAAGCUGCAAAAUGGCCAACAUCUUCUUUGAUACAUUUUUCAAUCUUGACAAAUUUUUGGAUCAUGAACAAAGAGAUCCUUUUGCCAAUGCAAGGGACUUUGACAGUGAUGCUACUGAGCCCUCAGACUGGGAGAAGUAUGCAGCAGAGGAGUAUGAGAUACUGGUGGCAGAGGAGGGAUCUAAUGACCAGGAGGAGAUACACUAUGAAGAUGAUUUUGAGCCUGAUGACGAGGAACUAAUUAACCAAGAACUGAAGAGAGUUCAGCAGACUAAUUCAGCCCAGUUCCUGGGGGGUGGGGAUUCUGGUGCCAGGGAUGAGGAUAUUUAUGACUUUUCCACUGAUAAUCUGGGCUAUUAAAUGGAUUAUGCAGACUUCCUUGCCUUUUCUGAAUACCUGUGAUAUGUCUCGAGUUGUCUCGGAUGCACUAUAAACUAAGGACAAUCCACUACAUUGUUGGAUAUGAUGCAGUAUUUCAUCUUCAUGUAUAAUUGUUACAAAAUUAUAUAUACAAGGUCAAUAAUUGAAGUAUUUUGUAUUUAAGGUUGAUAGUUGAAAUACUUGUAAUUCUUCUCUGAGCUUUAGUUGAAUUAUUUCGUUAUCAGAGAUUACAUGGUAAAUUAUUUCAUAUUUGAUGUUAACUAUUGAAGUAUUUCAUGUCAGUGUUCAAACAUAUUUUAUGAAGCUAGUAGUUGAAGUAUACAUUAUUUAUUUUUAAUUUUUUUGUAUCGUAUCGGAUGCCUGUAGCAGUUGAAGUACAGUAUGAUAGAUAAGUCUAUUGUGGUCAGUUAGAUAAGCCCACAAGUCAGAACAUCCAUUUUCUGUAUUAUGCAUUUUCACAAAGCUUUGUUUAGCCUGGUCAUUGUAUGAAUGUUAAAAACACAUUUGACAUAAAAAUCAAUUUCAAUUUAAUUUAUUUUAUUUAUUGAUAUAUAUUCUGUAUUAACUAUGCAUUUUGCUGUGAUGUUUGUAAUAAACAUUAGGCAUGUAAGCCUGUCAUUGGAAA